AUGGAAAAAGUACUGCUCUCAAUCACACUUUUGACGUGUACGGCUUGUCUGACGAUAGUUGAAACUUCAGAACUAACUGAUUGUUUGGUAGAACUUGGCGUAGACGUUGAUUCGAAUUUAAUCGAAAGGAAUGUUGCAAGUAAUUCAGUGUACGCUGACAUAAAUUUCCAAUGGCAAGAACGUGGAGCAUACCGCCACCCCAAAGCCUAUCUUCUCAUACAUUCUGCAACUGAUGUUCAAGCUGCAGUUAAAUGUGGACGACGUCUUGGUUUGGAAAUAGUUGCACGGAAUGGUGGCCACGGUUAUAUUAAAUCUGCCUACGGUCACAGUAAUGACGACAAUACUCUGAUUCUGGAUUUGAAAGCGUUUAAAUCGAUUGUGGUAGAUGAGCAAGCAAGAACUGCAACAGUAGAUCCUGGUGCUCUCUUGGGGCAUGUUGCUUACGAACUAUGGGAAAAUGGAAAUUUCAUAUUUCCUUACGGUAUCUGUGGAUCCGUGGGAAUAUCUGGAUUCGCGCUUGGCGGUGGACACACAAUAUUAGCUUACAAACUUGGCAUGGCAAUUGAUAAUAUAAUCGAAUUGGAAAUGGUAAAUGCCAACGCAGAAUUACUUACAAUUAACAAUGAAACCAACACCAAUUUGUUUUGGGCAUUACGUGGAGCUGGAGCGACCGGAUCAUUUGGAAUUGUUACUAAAUUAGUCCUUCAAUUACAUCCAGCUCCACAUCAGAUUAUUAACAUUGAUUUGGAGUACAAUUUUGAACAGUUUCAUGAUGUUUACUCAGCAUAUCAAGCAAGCGUCAACGAAUCAUUUAAUUAUCGGUUUACAUUAAACAAAGGGGUUAUUAAAGCAACCAUUUCAGAUAUGCAAAAUGUAACCGAAGCUGAAACUAUCGGAGCACAACGCAUCCAACAAGCAAUUGAAUUGCUUCCUGCACCAAUAAGUCCGCCUAAGCAAACGUUGCUAACAUUUACUGAUUUUCUUACAAAAUAUAUGUAUGUGACACGUGGCUUUAGUUACAUCCGGCCUAGCCUUAACAUAUCCGAACCAAAGGAUCUUCUUAAUAUUGCUAGUUACGGGACUGGAUCGGAGUGGUUCAAAGCUAAGUCAUUAUUUGUUAAUAAAUUGCUGAGCCAGAGUGAGAUUAUGGAAUUGGAACAAUUGCUCGGUACGAUCAGUUUACCCGAUCUUUACAUUUCUCUCGAAACAUUUUCGGGAAAAGUUAACGAUUUUCAUCCACAAAUUCAUUCGUCAUUUAUUCAUCGUGAUGCAUAUUUUGAUCUGUUCGUGUACAUGGUACGGGAGAAAUCGGAUGAUCCAGAUGUAUCAGCUAAGCUGAAUGAAUUUUUCGAUAAAAGUAAACGAAUAUUGAAUCAUACGGCGUCAUAUCAAAAUUAUGCGGACGAUGAGAUGAGUGAUGCUUUAGAACGAUAUUAUGGCGCAAAUUUGCCAAGAUUAAUUGAUAUCAAAACGGAAGUGGAUCCGGACAAUUUUUUUAACAGUAAUCCACAAUCGAUACCUAUUAAAAGCUCAUCGGGGCAUUAA